CAUAACACAAUCACCUUCACUCACCCUUAACUUGAAGAACACUAAUGAAAACUUCACGCCAAGGGACGAUGCAUCAGGGGUAAACAGACACAGUCACACCCAGGGCCAGUUUAUUCACCGUAACACUAGUACAGCCGAGACGAAGACCCCCUCAUCGGCCUGAGUAACGAGGUGGGUGAUUACAGUGGCGUGCAAAAUAAUGUCACUCCUCGUACUUUAUUAACGGGACACAAUUAGGGGAGUAUCGAUGUCUAAUAUACAAGAGAUAUGCCGGCGAGACGUGAGGAUAUUUUGCGAUCAUACAUAUCUUUUUUUUUUCUCUGCUGCUGAACAACACAUAAUUCCUGGAAGUGUCAAUAAAAUAGCAAGCACGAACGUUAAUAAGUAAAAAUAUAUACCGUUGAAAAAUAAUGCUCUGUAAGGCUAUUUUCACCAGUUAAGUCCAAAAAAAAAAAUAGGUGGGGUUUGUUCAGGUGUUAGGAAGUAGUGAGUGACGGAGGAGGCGCUGAAGAGAGACAGAAUGUGAGGAAAAAUAUGUAAUCAACUACAGAUAUAUUUAACAUUGAGAAAAAAUAAGAUAAGAAAAAUAGAAUAUGAGCAUUGUUGAGGUGUAAGGAAGUAGGGAGUGACGGAGGAGGCGCUGAAGAGAGACAGAAGGCGAGGAAAAAUAUCUAAUCAACUACUAAUAUUUUGAACACUGAGAAAAAUAAAAUAAGAAAAAUAGAAUAUGAGCAUUGUUGAGGUGUAAGGAGGUAGAGUGACGAAGGAGGCGCUGAAGAGAGACAGAAGGUGAGGAAAAAAAUGUAAUCAAAUUAGGAGGAGAAUCGUAGCACCUCCUGAGACGGACUAUCGACCCGGCAAGAAGGGAAUGAAUGGCCUCCUUGGUACAGCAGGUCAUUAAGCUAAUUCCUCGAUGCGUCAUUUCGCCGCCCUCCCGUUCCCGCCCCGCCUCACUUCACUUCGCCUGUCUCAUAAAAAAGACAAAAGAAACACCGCAAUCUUCUGCUACAUAAAAUACUGACGCACUCCGCUCCGGAAGGCAUGAUUUCACUGCCCACUGUGGCUUGAACGUGAAGGAUGGCCUCUGUUUUACUUGGUGAUUUUUCUUUUCAAUUCUUCUUGGCGUUAUCAAAAGGGUUUUCCAAGAUGAUGAAUUUAGUGGGUUAAUUUAUUAAUUUACCGUCGAUUGAAUGAAUGCUAGAAAAAUAAAUAAAAAUGCCGGGCAAGAGGUUAAGCCAGUAAAUGAAAAAAAAUGAUGAAAAUAUGUGCAGGAAAAAAUAUCUUAGUCACGAAUUUAUGUUUGCCACUGAAGUACAAGUCAGUUCAUGAAUCUUUUCUGACGGAGGCGAGGCGAAGGAGAGGACGAGCCUGAAGGAGCGGCGGGAGGGAUCAAGGGUGAGAUUAUUGGUGCGGUUUGGAGGCAUAACUUACGCUUAAUUACCCUACUGAGGAGCCCACCGACUUCCGACCGGCGUCUCCUGCCAUUUGCGGUGGUCGGAGCCAGCAGCGCCGCCGCCGCCGCCCCUCCACCGCGCCGCCGUUCCUCAGCGGCCGCGCACUGUCCGCAGCUGCCAUAACAAUUUACGCCAACCAUAUAUUAUGCAAAAUGAGCCAAAACCGCGUGUUACGCCAAGAUGGAACUGCAAUUAUACAUUGAGCAAUAUCUAGUGUUGCGGCAACACGGACUCGUCUUUCAGGGCGCGUCGCUGAACGAAGAGCUGCCAUGACCUGAGCCGCCGCGCUGCACCGCCGAGGAAAUAAACUUGUCCGUGGCGGUAUAUUUUGUCAAUACCGCAAUGUUUUUUUUUUUUUUUUUUUUUUUAGGGGAGAGGCAGCUUUCUUGGUAUCGGUGUAAUGCAUAACUGUCAUAAAUCUUGCAAAACGUUGUAAUUCUUUAGUCGCAAGAUAUAAUUCCGUGCCGUGAUGGAAGAGUCUCGUAACGCAGCUCUUGUCUGGCCCUCGAGUUCCAGGCGCGGCCAAUAAAGAAGAAUUACCACGUCCGACGCCCAGUGACCUUGUGUUUACAAAAUUCUUAUAUCACUCUGCUGGUGGACGUCUCUAUUGCGGCCAGGCUUCACAAGGGAAUGUUCAGGAUUGUGUUGCCCCGAGAGGAUGUUAAACAACUCAAGACUUCCUCCGCUCCAAGAUAUACAAACAAGUACACACGUCCACACGGCGGCGACGGUUUAACAAAUGCACUGUGUCGGCCAGACAGAGGCGGCCACACUCGGGACGUGACGAAGGUAUGUGGGCGAACACUGCCAGAUACAAUCGGCAAAUUUUUCUCACUAGUGAGUCUCGGGGGAGUUCCGCUAGGCCAUGGACGAGGAAACAGGCCGCGGCGGAGCCUCAGGUGAGGUACAGGGAGCCCCUCCUCCCUCUCGCACCGUCGCCCACACCACCACCACCACCACCACCACCACCACUCGCGCGCUCCGCUCUCCCCGCCCUCUGUCACUUCGCUAAUUGUGUCGGCGAGGAACGGACGGACUGACGGACGAAGAGUCGCUCACACUCGCACAGAUACAAGAGUCAGUGUUCACUCGUGGUGCCGUGGAGCAGUGUCGGGCCCGGGACGUGCCUCCAGCCCUCUUGGAGAAGCCACUGGGCACCACUUGGAGGUGUCGCGCGUCACGGGAGGAAGGCUGCUGCAGGGCGUGGGGGCCGAGUGUUCCCUUCGUCAACAGGAGACCAAGUGUGGCCAAUGGCGGCUGCAGGCAGACCAAGUAAACCCACUUGAGUGGCGGAUCCAACACAGAGGUGGGGGGCCAAUCAUCGCCCGCGCACACACACACACACACACUCGUCUUAAGUAAGACGACGGGAGGGGGAGGGGGCAUGUUAACCCUUGCCUGGAGGUGCGCAGUGGCAGUGCGCAGGUCACACACACAUGGGGCUCGGCCGGCAGUAAAUCAACGCCAAUCAUCGUCUGGCUGUUGGACGAAGCACACGUGAACAGAGGCCAUCGAUCAGUGCAGUGAGUGAGGCUUGUGAGAGUGGGUGUUGGGGCAGGUGGUGGUGCCCUCAGCCUCGCCCAGGUGCCCGCCCCCGGGUCCUCCAGCCGCUGCUGCCCCGCCGUCAGGAGAACUCUACCCCCGGCUCAGUGCUUAUCGGGGACUUGUGGCGAUCGGUCGGGUGGUCGGGUCGGGACGCGCGCAGAGCCCGACCAGUCCUGGUGGUUCGUUCUCGCCAUUCAUUAAUCAUGGUGACGUAGCCCGCGCGGGUCACACGGAGCCCUUCGUAUUGGUGCUCGCAGAUCACGUGGUAUGCUAAUUGUCGGUGCUAGGAGGAGUCAAAACCAACGGUCGAGGCACUGCUCACAAGUAAUAUUAUUUGGGUCCAAAUCACCAAAAAUUAAUGACGAUGAGUUCGUUUUUGAUGAACUCUGGGCCUUACGUGGACCCCAAGUUUCCCCCUCCCGAGGAGUACAGUCAGAACUCUUACAUCCCGCCGCAGAGUGACUACUACAACCCUGCCCAGCACUACUCCUACCAUGGCAUGCACCAGGCCGGCAUGCAGUAUGGGCGCGAUGCCAUGCAGUACAACCAUGCGGGCUACUACCAGCAGGCGUGUGUCAUGCCCCAGCACCAGCCCAUGGCCGCCCACAUCAGCCCGCAGAUCGCGCCCUGCCAUAGCCCGCUCCAGCAACACCAGGUGCCCCCGCGCUCCCCCGUGGCCUCGCCAGACCCCUCAGCAGGAGGCACGGGUGGCACCGGGAGCAUGGGCGCCCAGAUGGCCCAGCACAUGGGCGGCGGGGGCGUGGAGGGGUCACCGGAGGAGACGGUCACCGAGCUGGACGCCAAUGGCCAGCCUGUCAUCUACCCGUGGAUGAAGAAGAUCCACGUCGCCGGCUCAGAAGGGGCGGGAACACUGUACGCGAAUGGUCAGUUCCAGCCGGGGUGUGAACCUAAGCGGCAGCGGACGGCCUACACGAGACACCAAAUACUGGAGCUGGAGAAGGAGUUCCACUUCAACCGCUACCUGACACGGCGGCGGAGGAUAGAGAUCGCCCACUCGCUGUGUCUAUCCGAGAGACAGAUCAAAAUAUGGUUCCAGAACAGAAGAAUGAAGUGGAAGAAGGACAACAAGCUGCCCAACACCAAGAACGUGAGGAGAAAGACCAACCCGGCAGGCGUGACCACCACCGUCACGCCGAAGAACCAGCAGCAGAACCAGAACCAGACACAAAACACGACGCAAAACCCGCCAGCGCAAGACCAGCAGCAUUCUCAGCAGCAGCAGCAACAACAACAACAACAGCAACAGACUGCUCAGCAACAAGUGCAGCAGCAGGCCGCGCAGCAGCAACAGCAGCAGCAGCAGCAAGGAGCCCCUCACCCUGGAGGCCAUACACCGGGCUAUCCACACAUGGGCGGAGGCAUGAUGCCCCCUCCCGGCCUGACGCCCAUCUCCGCACCUUACCCUCACGGGGCCAUGAAGCCUGACUACGGCCUGACCACGCUAUAAGGGCGGGCAGCGCCGCGCUUGCUGGGUGUCCUCACAACACCUGCCCUGUAGCUUUACUUCGGCUCAGUCCUGCGACCCUUCCUUCUGCUGCUGUUGCUGCUGCUGCUGCUGACGCGCACACCCCUCUCAGCCUUCACCCUUGUCAUCCCCAACUUAUUUCUCGUGCUCCAGCCGGGGCGGCGCGGGCAGGCUGGCAGCGGCCCACCCUCCUGUGUGCAUCCCUGAGGCCCGGCUAACUGCCUCAGCUGGCCCAGCCUGGUCGACACAGCCUCUCCCUCACAAACAUGGGCUGCUGCCUGGGCCUGGCCGCUCAGUCGCCGCCCGGGAGUGUAAAAGAAAUUAUCUCAUCUCAGGGUUGUGUGUGUUUGUGGUGCCAUGUGAUGCACGAGGCCAAGGAGCAGCCGCACUGGUCUUUUUUAUUUUUAUUUACAGAGGCCUGAGUGCCUCUGGAAGGAAGGUGUUGUAACAGUGACACGGUUAGCACUAACUUCGGCCUGACACAUGUGCUGAUAAGGACAGUGCUACUCUGAGCCCCGUCAGAAAAGUGUCCCAAAGAGAAGCAAGAAGCACCACGGUAGUCGCACUGGGCGAGUGAAGCGUUCAUGGGUCUACCUAAUGUCUCCGAUGGCGAUUAAAACAGAUCGAAACAAUAUUCAAAAUUCAAAAUAUAAACAGGUCCUCCUCUGGUAGAUAAACUGUUGAACACUCUGUGACGUUUAGAAUCAACUAAAAGCAAUAAAGGGAACGUUACCCUUGACAUUACUGGUCCUCUCGUCCCCUUCCUUAUGGCCAACAAACAAACGUCUUCACAUCAAAGGCCGCCGAAUUCUGACAAUUAGGGCAUGGGGGGCGGGGAGAGGCCGGCCAGGAGGGAGUAUCAUUACAGAUAAUCCUCCUGUGCCCUCCCUCGACCCCUCUCACCAUUCUUCCUUUUCUCCACUCCCUCCCUCCUUUCCCUCGCCCCUCCAUUCCUCCUUUCCUUUACCCCUCCCUCCCUCUCCCUUCUCCUCUAAACAUCCUUCACUCUCAGCGUUUACUCCACUCACUCAUUCACUCUCCACCUGACAACACACAUUGCAUCGACGAACCGCAUUUCCUUGCCCACCAUAAGCAUGAGGGAGGAAAUCGUCUCUUCGUCCUGAGUGUGUGCUUCAUGGAGGUGCUUACAGCUUCUGCACCCACUCACCCCCCCCUUACCCUAACACCAUAUAGGAGUCCAUGACCUGACCUCGAGACCUGCAGUGACCCUUGACCUCCCUUCAACCCCCUGGUAGGUUAUUGCUCCCCAGAGGGUGUUUAUCCGCCCCGGUGAAUUGUCGGACUGUGGGCCAGAAAUUUUCACGCGACACCCGCCACCCACAUUCAUAUUCUUGGGCCGCUCGCCUCCCCGCGCUCCCUUCCAACAUUUGCUUGUUUUCUACAUAUUUAUUUCCUUAUCUCGACAAUAUUACUCGGCUCAUAUGUCUCCCAGGCCAUUAAAAGGGAGGAAAUUACAUGUCUGCAGUUCAUUUUGCAAUUCAGCGUUGGUAUUCAGAAUUCAGUGAUUCAUUUAUUUUAGAUUAUUAAACGGCAUUUUACUCCAACAAGCAAAAGUGCUGACACGGACCCACACACACUCGCAUACGCACACACACACACACACACACACACACACACACACACACACACACACACACACACACACACACACACACACACACAAACACGACAGCUGCCUGCCACACCCAAGCACCGACACACACACGAAGAGAAACACAAACAGGGACCAAGAUUUCUCGCCUUCCCCUUCACGUCCCUUUACUUAUGUACUUACUGAUCCCGCUUACCAAUUCUUAUAACACCAAACUUACUCUUCAUUAGCGAUUUACUGUCUUCUAAAUAUGAGACUUUACUAAGUAUAACCGAGACGUGAUGGCUACAGACGAGACAUCUCACCUGCAUCCACCUUUUUUAAUUAUGUGUCAUGACUACGGAAGCAAAGUAGUGAUGUCCACAUACAACAGGCAAGCGCGUUAUACCGGAAUUAUUAUCGUGUUCUUUCACAAUAAAAAAUACAGUCAUACGUAAAGCAGUCCCCCAGAGCGCUUCACUCCCCUGUGGUUUGUGUGUGUAUCCAGGUGUGUGCGUGUGUGUGCGUGUGUGCGUGAGUCAUGGUCGUCGGUUCUACCCGUGUGUACAAGGUGUUUCCCGAAGCACAGAUCAAACUAUUGUAAUCAAAAUAUAUUUCAGUCUCAAUAUUGGUAAGUUUACGGGUUCUGUCUCGGUCCUCUCCGUUCUCUUCACUUGUUCUUUUUUUUUUUUUUUUGUCUCACUGUUUCGGCAACUCGAUCAUCGCAUUGUAUUGUACUUGUUUUCAUAUUUGUUUUGUUUUGAUUUCCCAUUGUAUAGUCAAACAUGCAAUUUAUAAUUUGUACAGACGUUAAAAGUGCUAAAAUGUUCACGUCCUUCACUGAACUGUAUUGUGAUUUUAUUCGUUUAUUUCACUAACGAUAAAUCAUUCAUUAGAUCAUCCCAACCAAAAAUAUUCUCAUCCUGCUUCUUUACCAUUUCCUGGGUCAGAACGUGGAGGCGGCGGCGCUGUCCAUUGCGAGAGGAUAAAUAUUUACGUAGACAUGUAAUGGUUAAAGAUAGGAAUAUUAAUAACAGUAAUAAAUAAAUUUCCGACGCAGAAAGAAAUAAAACAAAGAAAAGAGUUUCCAGGAGGAGACUCGAUAUGUAUGUACAGACGAAACGUGACAGAGAAAAUGCCGUCACGAGAUUCUUUUAUAUUCGUGUACAGAGGGAGACUGUGUGGGUCAACCGCGGCUGUGGACGAUAAAAAAAAUAAACCCGAAGGUCUCUCCCUACCUCACCCCGCCCCUGCAGUGCUGUCUGGGAGCCUCAUGAUCGAGAAGAUAGUACAACGUGUUAUUUUGACGGUACACCCUGAGCCGCUGACUUCCCAGGGCACCCAGAGAGGAGCCAGAGGAGUAGAAGGUGUGAUGCGGUGAAGGGGAGAGACGGGGUGACCUGCAUGGGACUCUUUACAUAUAUAUAUAGCUGAUGCUCAAGAUGCCGUGUUGUGGGACCUUGGUGGCCGCCUCUACCUCAGCCCUCCGCCGCUGCAGAGAACAUACCCAUCCUUCCUCCACCUCCUCCACCUUCUCUUUUUUUUUUUAUCUUGGUGAUACGAUUGUUUCCACUAAAUGUCUGGAGGUGAGGGAGGCAGCACUGCGUCACCAAACUCAAAGCAUAAAGGAAUAAUUUUGGUUUUACUUGAAAAAAAUAAUUAGUAGCGAUAUUCUUUCGUGAGAUGUGGUGAUACUCGUGCACCGUUUGCCUUAUACGGGUUCGUACAUGCAGUGAUAAAUAUACCUUCCCGUAUAGGCGCGAGUUGUAUUUUCUAUUAACUCUCUGCGGCUGUGUCCCUCCUGUCGUCAGCGGGGGGCGGGGGGCGGGGGGCGGCGCUAUAGGUCGGCUGUACAGUUCCCGGACGUGACACAAACGGUAAAUAUAUUGAACACUGAUUAUAAUAAAUGUUAUGAUUUCCAUUGACAUACAUUUGUAGAUAGUUUGUGAAUCCACAUAGGUCGAUUAUUGUAAAGUUUUGAAUAAAC